UCUGAUUUUAUGGAGUGGUAUAUAAAUUUUUACACCAAGUAUAAAAUGUUUUCAUGGGACUCACAAUCUAUAUAAAUGUAUAUCUCUAUAUAAAUUUCGUGAAACCAUCCAUAAAUACCCCAUAACCACAACUCAAGAAACCAUUCUUUACUCCCUGACUCUCUCCACCCCCCUAACAGGAACAUAAAGAAUUAUAUAUAUAUAUAAACACAAGAAGAUAUUGCAAACACAACCCAAAGAAUCUCGAGAUUGUUUUUCCCAAUCAAAACAAAAACCGGUUUCGUUUCAGAGAGAUUCAAAGAAAAUGGCGAUUAAAACCUUGACGGCGACCAUGCUAACACAAACGACUAUGAUAAAGCAAAUUUUGAAGAGGUGCUCAAGUUUGGGGAAGAAACAGAGUAGUGAAUUUAACGACAAACAUGAUGGACAAUCACUUCCUCUAGAUGUGCCCAAAGGUCACUUCGUUGUCUACGUAGGGGAGAAUCGGGUCAGGUACGUUUUACACAUUUCAUUUUUGACCCGACCCGAGUUUAAGCUUCUUCUACAACAAGCUGAGGAAGAGUUUGGCUUCGAUCACGACAUGGGCCUCACUAUUCCUUGUGAGGAAGUAGCUUUCAAAUCCAUUGUCACCUCCAUGCUGAUCUGAUCAAUAUAUGUUUAGCUCUGCUGGUUCUAGAACUUUUUAAUUAGAGGAAUAAGCUUCGUUUAGCUUUUAAUUUUUAAUAAUAUGAGAUAAAAUCGGGUUAGUGUUUCCAUUUGAACGAGACUAACUCUAGAGAUACCUCUAAUUAAGAGUGAUCAAUAAAACCAUCUUGGUUAUUAUCUUGGAUUUUGUAGGGAGUAGUUAAGCAAAUAGUGUGAUAAAUAUUCUCUCCUCAUGGUGGUGUGACUAUUAUAUUAAAAUAUCAGUGAAUGCAUUUUGUUUUUCUUCUAAUACUUUGUGUUUUCUAUUUUCUACCAGGGAAUGUGUUUGUGUAUAUAUAUAUAUUCUUCUUCUUUGGUUUUAACGCUAUAUACAUCUACUAUUGCAUAACACUUCCCAUUUAAAGAAUUUACUAAUAUAGUCUAUAUAUAUAUAUAUGUGUUAUUAAACAAACAUAAUGGUACAAUUGAGGAUAUAUAUAAACUUAUUUCAUUCACACGAGUGGAAGAUUAUUGAAUAUAGUAUGAAAUGAAUUUGGUACUUGUUCUACUUUCUAAAUUGUUUAUUUUUUAAUGAAAACAAUAUAGAACGUUAUUGUGCGAGCUCGUCCAGGAAAGUAAUCACGAGGACUUCUUCUUUGGGAAUAAGCAGUUUUUAAGCCGUUUAAAUCUGUCGAAACUAGCUAUAUUAAUUUGAGACCCUAUUAAUUUUGAAAAGUAUUGAAAUGUGCAUACAGAGGACCAGAACCUUCUCAAGAUAACACAACAUGUAAAUAUUGAAAGUGCCAGUAGCCCGGUAGUAAAAUACUUUGUCGUUUGACCAACCACAUGGGUUCAAAUUUAGGGGUCUACAUAUUUUUUUAGUGUUUUUUUCAAAAUUAGUCAAAAAAAAAAAAUAACACACGCAUGCAGAAGCAGGCCAUAUAAUAAUAUUAUUCAGCAAAUCUCAUGCGCUUCAUUGACCUUAUUCGCUACGAAGAAUUGUAUUUAAUUAGUUGGUUAGAAGAUUCUUCACUGCCAUUCAAAUACUCUUUUGGGCAUUGGUGGUAAUCACGAAGACUUGGAUAAAGUUCUAAGCGGUUCCAUGAUUUGCUCCAAAUUUUGCGAGUCAGAGAGAAUAAUCAAAGCACUAGUGCAGUUAGUAUAUACCGAUUAUCGAUUAUAAAACUUAGUCACCUGAC